CGACGCAUCGCCGCCAUGGAGUUAGUGCAUCACGACCGACCAGCCGGAACUGAUUCGAACGACCUCUCGGCAGAUACUACUGAUAGCGUCUUGAGCCACGCUGCAAUGUCGCUGGACCAGGAAUUCGAGCAGGCAGCGAAGGAUGUGAAGGAAUUGGCGUCGAGGCCGUGCGAUGACGAGCUGCUCGAACUCUACGCUCUUUACAAGCAAGCCACCGUGGGAAACUGCGACAUACCAAGGCCGGGUAUGUUGGACUUCCAGGGUAAGGCCAAGUGGGACCAUUGGCACAGCAAGUCGGAACUCGGACUCAGUCGGUUGGAUGCGAUGAGACAGUACGUGGAUAAGGUCCAGACGCUGAUCGCUACGAUUGGCAAAAAAUCGUAAAGCAGCAGGAUCGGUAGGUUGGAGAGAUGGAUACUCGGCGACACACGGAAUUUGCAAAUUGCAUUAGGAUAAGAUUAUUCAUCAUGCUACAAUCACGCGCAAAUACUCAAUUAUUGAGUUCAGCUUAUUUUAUUAUAUUAUUAAUUGUUUGAAUUUGACUACUUCUUAUAUUAUAUACGAGCCGAAACUUGUAUUUGAGAAAUAAAUGUUU